AUGUCGUACCAGAAGCUGUUCCCAAACAGCGGGGGAGCUCCGGAAGGUUCCGUUGGUCGCCAUGGAGACCAGCGAAUCUCCUUGGUGCUGUCAGGAUUGUCGGCUGUGGUGAGUCUUGUCACUCUGCUGUUCAUGAUGCGGGAACUCGCCUCCAUGCGGGACCAACAGGUGCUACUGCACAGCCAGCUGCAGGGCCUGAUGCAGUGGAAGCAAGAUCAGGAAUCAAAGUCCAGACCACUGCACUGCUCGGCCCUGAGGGCUCAACUGAAGGAUGGCGACUUGGAGACAGCGCCACCUUUUGGAAAAGUGGAGAAGUGCACCAGCGAGCCAAGAGGGCAUCAAGGAGGGCAUCAACAGCCAGUGCUUAUGCUGUCCUUAGGAUACUGCAAGGCAGACUUCAAAGACUCGGAUGUCUGUCUGGAAAUGGAGAUAUCUGCUCCGAACUACAAGGCCCAGCAGGUCCACCUGGGGACUCUGGAAACGAUGGAGCAGACGGACAACAAGGCCCACCCGGUCCACAAGGUCCAGUCGGUCCAGAAGGUUCAGUCGGUCCACAAGGUCCAGAAGGCCCGCCCGGUCCGCAAGGCCCGCCCGGUCCAGAAGGCCCGCAAGGCCCAGUGGGUCCACCCGGGCCUCCUGGGCAGUGUUCCUGUACGGAGUCAACCACUGCAACCCCCGUAACCACGACUGCAGACCCACGGGUUACACCUGAGGCACCGCAGGUCACACCUGAGGCACCACAGGUCACACCUGAGGCACCAGAGGUCACAC